GCCCAGAUAAGGUCAGGUGAGGGGUUUAUCCUGUUUGCCUGCCAUAGGACAGAUAGCGCCGACCGAGGUCCGGGUGGAAAGAUCGACGGUCCGCGAUCGAUCGAAGGACCGAUGAUCGAAGGACCGAUGAUCGACUGCUCGCCCAGACCGGUCUCCUUGGCAAUCUCGUUGACAUGACAAUGAGAUGACGUGACGUAUCAGCUGAGGCGGAGGAGGCAGCGAGUGAGUGUUUGGAGCGAGAGCGACAAGCUAACUGUUUGUUGGCGCACUUCUUUCACUCGCUCGCCAGCAAGCCGCGGAAGCGCCGCGUUGCGCCCAACUCUCGUCUCUUGCGCGCCGUCUCCUUCGCGCGUGUCCGCGCCUUCGGUCUGCUCCUUGCUUGUUCCUCCCCGCCCCCCCCUCCCUUCCCGUUCGUCCGCCAUGGCCACCGCAUCGCUUGCUGCGACGACGUCCGCCUCCGCGGCCGCGUUGACGUCCACCGUCGCCGUGCGCGCGGGGCGGAGCGGCGCCUCUGCCUCGGCUUUCGGCGGAUUGUCGCUGGCUGUUGCCCCGACGAGGAGCGCUGCGCGGAGGGCUGCGCGCGUGACCAUGAGCGCGGAGGGGAGCGAGAGCAAGCACCGCGUGCAGGACCUCGUCACCCCCACUUCGCUAGCCCUCGUGGCGGCGGCAGUCCUCCCCGAGAUGGCGGAAGCGGCCUCACCUGGCGUGUCCCCCUCCCUCAAGAAUCUCCUCCUCAGCGUGCUGGCCGGCGGCAGCGUGUUGGCGGUCAUUGGCGUCGGCGUGGCUGGGCUUGCCUCCUUCGACCCCGUCAGCAGGAAGUGAGCGCUAGGGACUCCUACUCCUCUUCCCCGAACUUUCCCUGUUUCUGUUACUUCUACAACUAUCAAACUAUUACUCCCACAGCGUUUACUUCUUUGACGGAGCGUAACGGUGCUUAGCGGUGAGAGAAGAGGCAUCUUCUGGCGGCAAAGUGCUCUCUUGCGGAACGGGAGACUGGCGGGGGAGGGUUGCGCACGUAUGGGGAAUCCCAUAGGGAGCGGGAUGGAGUAAGAAAGGACGAGGAUAAGGUCAAGAAGGGCUGGAAGGGAAGGGCAUGCGUCCGACACUACUCGUUAGUUGGACUCGAAUUCUGUACGGGGAGGGCGCGGAACAGACUUCGGCAGCAACGAGAGAGAGAGCGGGAGUCGGGAGCGUCGGGGGGGGAGCGAUGAGCGAGCGACUGACCGACCGACCGACCGACCGACCGACCGACCGACCGACCAACCGACCGACCGAGCGAUGACGGACAAGAACGGAGAUCAUGAGCGAGAGCUGAGGGCACGGCAACGGCGACACUUUGACGACGACAGAGACAGAGAUUUGGCGGUUGGUCUCUGGUGUCAUUGUGAAAAUGUGUAAGGAUGUGCAAGAGGAGGAAGAGGAACAACCGGAGGGGAGAGAAGAGAGGCGGAGCUCUCUUCUUCUGGUCCUUUCUUCGCCAGCCAGCUAGCGUCAAGGAAGGACCCGGUCUUGCGGACUGGUUGUUGUUGCUUGCCUGCUCAUCACGCAUGUCUGCGCCAUAGCCAUCGGUUGCCAACCAGUGAUAACGGCUAGGAUGUGAACGGCAUUUGGCUGAACGCAUGUGUAUAUGUAUGUGUGUGUGUGGGUGGGUGGAGGUAUUUGAAAAUUGGAAGGGGUGGCCGUACAGUUCUUAGAAGUCGAUGAUGGGGAGGCAAUGUAGCGAGGACAAGGUCGUGUGUGUGUGUAUGGUGGUGCCAGCUCCUCCUUCCUGCCGAGAGUAGGGACGACGCAGCACCAGUUGUAGUGGGCGUCAUGGUUGGGCGGCACGAUUAAGAAUGGAUGGAUACCACAAGAAUGACUCCAUGCAUGGAUGAAUGAAUGGUGGACGACGAUGCCCUCUCUAUCCGGCAAACGCUCUUUCUUUCUCGGCCUUGGACGUCGUCCCGUCUGCUCUCCCUCUCUCUCUCUCUCUCUCUCUCUCUCUCUCUCUCUGUGUCUGUGUGUCUCUCUCUCUCUCUCGUUCCAAGCUGCCCUCUUGUGCACUAUAUUGGCGCUGCUUGUUCAUCUUCAGCCCUUUCGUUUGGUUGUGUCGCUAUUGCCGUUGCUCUUGUGCGUGGUCCUCUCUCACUCUCCAUCUCAUCUUCUCUCUCUCUUUCUCUCUCUCAUGUUCUCUCCUCCUAAUGUGCGGCGCGGUUGUGUGGUCCGGUUCUCGUUUCAGUCUGACGCUGCUGCCAGCCAUCGGGUACACGUGUUGCCAGCCUGUCAUGCACAGUCGGUCUGCAAUGACGGAUACCAGCUGGCUGGUCAGCACAUGUCAUUCUGGCCGCUCUUUUCAUUAGGCCUAAUAUUGAAAACCAGAGGAAUGAAUGGAGCCCGUUUGUAUUCUUAGAUAUGUUUGUUCAAUUCACAAAAGACAUGUUUAGUCCAUGACUUCCCACAUCGUGAAAACCACUCCAAUUUUGUUCUCCUCCUUCCCUUCACUCUCUCUUUCUCCAUCUCUAUCUCUGCCUCUGCCCCUGCCUCUGCCUCUCUGCCUCUCUGUCUCUCUGCCUCUCUGCCUCUCUGCCUCUCUGCCUCUGCUUCCCCCUCUGCCAAUGCCGCUGUCACUCUCUGUCUCACUCGGUCUCGUUGUCUGUCUUUCUAUCGCUCUGUGUCUCUCUGUCUUUGCCCGUGUCUCUGUUCUCUCUCUGUUUCUCUGCCUCUUUCUCUCUAUCUUGCUGUCUCUCCCUCUCCCGUCUGUCUUGUCUCUCUGUCUCUACCUCUGUCUCUGUCUCCCUGUCUGUCUCUCUGCCGUCUUUGCUUCUCCGAUUCCCUGCCUCCCUGCCUCCCUGCCUCCCUGUCUCUCUGUCUCUCUGCCUCUCUGUCUCUCUGUCCCUCUGUCUCUCUGUCUCUCUGUCUCUGUUUCUCUGUUUCUCUCUGUGUCUCUCUGUCUCUCUGUCUCUCUGUCUCUCUGUCUCUCUGUCUCUCUGUCUCUCUGUCUCUCUGUGUCUGUCUCUGUGUCUCUCGGUCUCUCUGUCUGUCUGUCUCUCUGUCUCUUGGUCUCUCUGUCUCUUUCUCUGUCUCUUUCUCUGUCUCUUUCUCUGCCUCUGUCUCUUUCGCUGUCUCUGGCUGAGUUCUCUGUUUCUUUCCCUCCCUUUCAUUCAUAGUGAAGGUGUAUUUCUCAUACAGGACGACUAUCAUCACAUAAUGUGACCUCAAAUCCUGUCAUCCUCCACGGUCCUGAAGUGCAUCCCCUCAGAGAGAGGGUAUUUUAUAAACAAACGACUCCACAAUUG